UCUGUUAUGCAAAGUCCUGAUGCACUCCGCAACACAAUGCUCAUUGCUGGUCUUCACUAUGGAUGGAAGGCUGGCCGUUUGCAGGUAUUCGAAUCCACGCUGCUGUUCCACAAGGGCGAGGCUAUGCGAUUGGUCAAUUGGCUUCUUGUGCAAUCGGAUUCGAGACGGUACCAUGAGUGUAUUAGACACAUUGCUACUUUGUGUCUCACCGAGUGCGCCUUUGGCAAUGUUUUGGUAGCAGAAACUCAUCUCAAUGGCCUCAUGAGAUACAUGGACUUUCACAAGCCUCCAGACUCACCAUUUGCUGAUGACGAAAGCGUGGAAGAGGAACUGGCAAACCGAUAUGUCAUUCUCACAUACAACUUUAUUUACGGAUUUAAGAGCCGUCUCCGCGAUAUUCUCCACGAAGAUGAUCGCGUGCCUCCCGACACGAACCCCGAUCCCAAGAGACCUGACCCCGACACAGUCCAGGAACUCAUGCAUUCGUGGCACAAGGACGAGUUCCGAGGUCUUGAUAUCAGACUCAAGGCCAUGAAGAUGGUUCCGUAUUUCUUUAACCAACUCCCACCGAAUGCCAAGCUUUGGGAUAUCGACGGUACACCCAUGUUGGAAUGCUUGACAAGGAUUACUGAAACGUCGGGUUUCAAGCGGAAUUCGGCACGCGAGGCUAUUCAGCAGAAUAUGUGGCUUGAAGGUGCUGUCACCAGACUUCUACUCGCCUUGGUAGGAUGCCACAUCGAGUCGCUAUCCGGGGAUUACACGAGAGGCUUGAACAGAAAGAACCGGUCACCACUGGUGACUUCAUGGUCAGGCAUGUGUUCUGCCUCUGGCCUUUAUCUCCACGCUGUUCUCGGUAUCUGGAACGCUGGAGAACCAAUCGAGUCACGAAUGCAUCGACGUGUUUUAUACAUAGUCAAGCAAGAUCUGGAACGCCACCGACCGCAAAAGAGGGAUCGAAGGGCUACAGAUCUUUGGCUAUGGAAGGCCUACGUGUGUGCUUUCAGUCUGGAAAGACACUUGCGACUGGACGGCGAUCAAGGACUUUUGAUUCCGCUUCGAAGAAUUUUUGGUGAAUUAAUUGCAGAGUGGAGUUAUAUGACGGAGGUCACGGACUGGACACAGGCAAGGAAUGCGUUGACGAGGAUUGUCUGGCCUGAG